AUGACGAUUGUACAAAAUGAGAACAACGAGUUGAUCUCAACUCGUACAGUCACGAGAUGGCGGAUUUGCAUGGAUUACCGGAAAUUGAACACAGCCACCCGGAAGGACCAUUUCCCUCUGCCAUUCAUUGACCAAAUGUUGGACAGGCUGGCCGGGCGAUCACACUUCUGUUUCUUGGAUGGAUAUUCGGGGUACAAUCAGAUCCUAAUAGCCCCCGAAGAUAGAGAAAAAACAUCCUUCACUUGUUCGUAUGACGUCUUCGCCUUUCGAAGAAUGCCUUUGGGGCUUUGCAAUGCACCUGCGACAUUUUAA